AUGUCCCUUCUGAGAGAGCAGAAGGGAGAACUAUACACCCAAGAUGACUCCGACACUCCGGUCUUGUCUUCUUUCGAACAGAAACAGCCGUUCCCCCCUCUACCGCCCGACGAACUCGAAACACAUGGAGAUACCCCGGACGAUAGCUACCCGCAAGAUGAUCAGGACCUAGCUUCCUCGCACCCCGAUCCUGAAGUGGAAGACGACGUGGACUUUCAUUCGCACUACUCUCUGGAAGACCAAUCUUUCUCAGAUGCCUCGACAGACUCGAACGAUGACCAAUCGCCAGAAGAUGGCAUUGCGAUGCACCACCCUUUCCGGCAGUCGGCCAGUUCUCUCCACGGGCCUAACGCUUUUGCGCCUCCCUUCUACAAUCGACCUCCCACACCUUUACCACCGUCUCCUUCACUGACGUCUCUCCUUCGGCCCCCUUUUUCUACUACUACUUCACGACCGACCACUCCCGACAGCUCCGACGUUGAAACGCCAAAUGACACUGAAGCAGCUGUUGCGAAGUCGGCGCGGAGGGCAACAACUGUUCCUAGGGCGAGCCCCAAGGUUCCGACCUACGAAUAUUAUGGCUUUGUUCUCUACCUCGCAUCCUCAUUGGCAUUCCUGAUCUACAUUCUGUGGUCUUACCUCCCCUCGCCUUUCUUACAUCAGCUUGGAAUAUACUAUUAUCCGAAUCGAUGGUGGUCAUUGGCUUUCCCUUCCUGGCUAGUUAUGUCGAUCAUCUAUCUCUACGUCGCCUUGGCAUCUUACAACACCGGAUACCUUACCCUACCGAUGAAUAGCGUGGAAAAUAUCGUGGACGAAGUGGCCAAUAUCGCGGUCAUCGACGGAAAGGGCAGACGGCGGCCAGGCGGUGCUGCAAAAAUGCGGCCUGGAGCUACCUCAUUCCAGAUUAUGGGGCCGCAAAACCGCAAAGUCAAUUGGAGGGAGAUUUGGAGUGAAGGGACGGACGCUGUCCUGGACGUUCCUGUGGGGGGAGUAUGCGAAGUACUAUACGGACAAGAAAGACAUGGCGAAGAUGAUGUUUGUGAAGAAAGUCCGGAUUUGUAG